CGCGCUGUUCAUGCGCAUGCGCAAAUCAAUUUCGAAACCUCCUGUGCUGCGAGUCUGAAGUCGAGGCAACUAUUUCACCUUAAUUCGUGCUUUUGUAUCUAGUGUGCAGAAAUGGCAGCUAGAUAUGACAGAGCUAUAACAGUGUUUUCUCCCGAUGGUCACCUGUUUCAGGUGGAAUAUGCGCAGGAAGCAGUAAAGAAGGGCUCCACAGCUGUUGGCAUCAGGGGGAAGGAUAUUGUCGUGCUGGGUGUUGAAAAGAAGUCUGUGGCAAAGCUUCAGGAGGAGAGGACAGUCAGGAAGAUCUGUGCUCUAGAUGAACAUGUGUGCAUGGCCUUUGCAGGUCUGACCGCAGAUGCCAGGAUUGUCAUAAACAGAGCUAGAGUAGAGUGCCAGAGCCACAGACUGACAGUGGAGGACCCCGUUACUGUGGAGUACAUCACCCGCUACAUCGCCACACUCAAACAGCGCUACACUCAAAGCAACGGACGCCGUCCCUUUGGUAUCUCGGCCCUGAUCGUUGGUUUCGACUACGAUGGGACUCCACGCCUGUAUCAGACGGACCCCUCUGGAACAUACCACGCAUGGAAGGCAAACGCUAUCGGACGCAGUGCGAAGACGGUGAGGGAGUUUUUAGAAAAAAACUACACGGAUGAAGCCAUCGCAAGCGAUAAUGAUGCCAUCAAACUGGCCAUCAAAGCCUUACUAGAGGUUGUGCAAUCCGGGGGCAAGAACAUCGAGCUGGCUGUGAUUCGAAGAAACCAGCCCCUAAAGGUAAAACAUUUGAUUUAUUUGAUUAAUUCGUCUAAUGUUGGAGCGUUCCUUUCAUCUCUUCUUUCACAGAUUCUGGAGUCCAAAGAGAUUGAGACGCUGGUCGCCGAAAUAGAAAAGGAGAAAGAGGAGGAGGCAGAGAAGAAGAAGCAGAAGAAAUCUUCGUAAAUCACUCAUAUAAUUGUGUAGCUCCUCUCUUAGUUUUGUUUAUAUGGGCAGAAGCUCAGGCCCACACUGUACCCUCCUCCCCUCCGGCCUCUCGUCUGUUAAGAGCACGGUCUCUCAGUCUUCUGCUCAACCCUCAGUAUCUGUCAAUAUGUUUUUGUUCCAGGAAAUAUUUGUAAAAUCAAUCAAGUAAUAAAAGCAUGUUCAGGUUUGGGGGUUACCAAGCAUGUACUUGCAGGUCCUGCUCAGUUUUCACACUCUGCUUUUUGCUACUGCUGAGAAUUCUGGGGGAAUGUGCUCUUGACUGAUGUUUCCUAAUAAACUCUUUUGGUUUGUACAAA